CACUUGUGGUGGGUAUUGGUGUUCUGAGACAAUGCUGAGGAAGAGGAACAGGUCAGUGCUGAAGGAUCAACACCACAUGAGUAAUCUGACACAGUGUGAAGCCAAUUCGGAGCAUUAUUCUCAAUCUCAUCAUGCUUUGGGGCGCAACAACAUCAAGGGUCACUCAAUUUUCAAUGUCCCUUGUCUGUUUGUGGGUCUAGGUCCCAAAGCGGUGUUGGAUUCUGAUUCAGUUCGGAGCCCCACUUCUCCACUUGAUGCUAGAGUUCUUUCAAAUCUCGGCAACUGUGUUAGGAAGCCAAGAUCUUCACCCCAUGAGGGGCACCAAAGGAGUUGGGAUUGUUGCAAAGUAGGUCUAGGCAUUGUGGGGUCUUUGGAAGACUGUUCUAGGUUUUCUGGGAAAAUUCUCCAGUCACCAGAGAGCAAGAGAGUUAGUCUCAGCCCCCAAAUGAUGAUCAAACCCCCAAAUUGCCACAUCCAUAGGGAUUCUCUUGAGGCAUCCAAGUCUUUGCCGAAAGAUUUUUGUAAGACUCCAUAUCCCCAAAAUGGAUCUGUUAUCCACAAGGGUGAGUCUAACUCUACUGUUCUUUUUGAGAUUGGGGAAAGUGGUCUAGAGCAUGAGCCUUUUGGGAGAACCAGGUCUUGUUCAUUGGACUCAUGCAGUCCAGUGAAGGCACUCUCUGGUUUGGCCACUUCCUUCUCUGAAUCAGACACUGAUAAUUUUGCCAUGAAAGAUGUGAACAUUCAAGUCUGCUCUCCUCCUCAUUUUAUUGGAGGAGGCCAUACCCUCUCACCUGCAAAGCUAAAUUCAACGACUCUUUCCAUUUGCUCUUCCAAUGAAUUCAUCAAGUCACUAUCAGCUAGUGAGAUUGAACUCUCUGAGGACUACACAUGUGUGAUCUCCCAUGGUCCCAAUCCGAAAACAACUCACAUUUUUGGGGAUUGCAUUUUGGAGACUCACUCUAAUGCAUUUAAGAACCAUUUUAAGAAUGAAGAGAAGGAGAAGGGAGUGAACUCUGUGGGUAACAGGUUAUGGAGUCCAAACCCAUAUCCCUCUAGUGACUUCUUAAGUUUCUGCCACCACUGCAACAAGAAAUUGGAAGAGGGGAAAGACAUUUAUAUUUAUGGGGGUGAAAAAGCAUUUUGCAGUUUGACUUGCCGUGCCAUGGAGAUCAUGAUUGAUGAGGAACUAGAGAAAUCCAAUGCCAACCCUCCUUGUGAAAACUCUCCAAAGCCAAAACUUGGUGAGCUACUUUUUGAAACAGGCAUACUCACUGCUACAUAAAAGGCUUAUCUGCCACAUGAACUGGGUCCAUGAGAAUGGUACACGCACCUGAUCAUCUGUUCACAAGAAGCUGUUUUAUGUGCAUCUGUUAGCAGCCAUGGAUGAUCGUUUUGUACAUCAUUGCGUUUGCCUUGAAUUGGUGUUUCAUCUGUGUCAUGGUCUUUGGUGGAUUGUGGCUCUCAUUAAGCUAGUUUUGUUUUCUAUAUAAAUGGAGAUGUGUUAUCAUACCAUUGAUAGCCUGUGGAAAAUUAAAGGGUUGAGGCCUAUUUUUCUGGCUUCCCCUUAUGAAUUUUUCUUGCAUUAUCUCUAUAUUGUGUCAAUGUAUACAAACCCCAAAAAAAAGAUUUUGACUUCUAUCAAUGUUAUUAUCCUAGUUUAUACAA